AUGUUGCGACGUCGUAUCAAACCGGCCCUAUCUUUUUUGAAUUUAUAUUCACACCUCUUCACAAUGGGGGCUCACUUAAGUAGUCCAAAAACUGACAAGUUUUCUUGUAGCGGCGGGGACUUUGCAACCCAUACCACAAGAUACGGUGCUUCGUCUAUGCAAGGAUGGAGAGUGUCUAUGGAAGAUGCGCAUCUUGCUAUACCAGAUCUAUAUCAAUAUGCACAUAUCGAUGCAGAACAACCUGGUCAUGGAUCAGUGACAAAUGAUCAACUACACGAUACGAAGGAUGAUAAAGCAAAUGGUGAACCGAUUCUUAGUAGCAAUUUGGUCGGUGUAUAUGGUGUGUUUGAUGGUCAUGGUGGAAGCUGCGUUAGUAAGUGGGUGUCGGAAAAUUUUGCAGGUCUUCUGAAAAAUGAAAUCGCACGUUAUGCACAACUUCGUAAUAACCAGAAUAUCGAACUGAAAAAUUUGGACACUAUAUCUGAAACACAUGCUGUUGUUGCAGAGUCACUUCAGUCUGCAUUCCUAAAGGUUGAUGAAGAAUUGCAGAAAUCUGAAACGGAGCAUGCUCUACAAGUGAUUAAUGAAAGAACACGUGGUGAUAACCCCAAUGAACCUGUUCUUGAUGGUUCAUCGUUAUUCAAAGUUCUUUUACCUGAACGUAUGUCAAAUAGACAACAAACUAUUAGACUCAUAGAACAACAUACGGAACGGUUGCUGCGCGAAUCCUUCAACUUCCACAGCCCAAAUCAACCUGUUGUGGAAAAUAAUGAUGAGAUUGCAAGCUUUGGUGAAGAAGAAGAAUAUAUGGAAAAGACAUCCAACGAACAUGACAAUGUUCUCUAUCACAAAGGUGAUAACCCCAACAAUGAUGGCAAUCUACCCGAACGUGAUAGCAUCAUAAUAAAUGAUAUGGUUAAGGCUAAUUAUGAAAAUAAAGAGAACGCGGAUCAGCUGGUCACACGUACCGUGCAUGAAGAUGACUCCAUGACAUCUGGCGACUGCCAACCGGAUGACGAUUACGAGGUUGAUACCGAUGUCAUCAUGGAAACCGAUGGACCCAACCCAGCCUUUGGUUGUGGUUCCACGUCUGUAGUAAUGGUUGUGCUUGGAGGCGAAAAUCCAGCUAUACUCGUAGCCAAUGCUGGCGACUCCAGGGCAGUUCUUUGCCGUGGUGGUUGCGCCGUCGCCUUGUCACAUGACCACAAGCCGCAAUUGCGAGAAGAAGGGGAACGUAUCCGCAGGGCCGGUGGUUCUGUAACUAACGGAAGGGUUGACGGUAACUUGAACUUGAGUCGUUCUUUAGGCGAUUUGACAUUCAAGCAAGACCACACACUUCCACCAGCAGAACAACGCAUUUCUGCGAUGCCAGAUGUACGCAUUUGCCCAUUGACGCCCCAUGAUGAGUUUGUUGUCUUGGCCUGCGAUGGUAUUUGGGAUUGCAAGAGUAACCAACAAGUUGUGGACUUCGUGCGGUCCCGAUUGUUGGAAUACGAAGAAUCCCAUACCGAUAGCUCCGAACCCAAUAGCGAGACUGGUGGUGUCAGCAGCAAAACUCUUGCAAGGGUGUGUGAAGAAUUGUGUGACGAGUGUUUGUCUAACAACCCCAGCGAAAGUGAGGGUGUUGGUUGUGACAACAUGACCGUCAUCAUUGUCCAAUUAAAUAAGGAUUUGGUGAAAAACACCGCCACCACAGCUAAAUCCAUUACACUUUACGGCAAACAAGUGGACGCCUAUCUCUAA